AUGAAGUUAAUCAGGUUGAAAUGGUUUGAAGAAAUCGCCUUAGCCAACAAGCAAGGACGGAAGCCAUCCCUCCUCCGCGCAAUGACCAAGACAUUCUGGCUGAGCUAUGCACCUUCCGGCGUCAUGUUUCUGAUACAGGCGCUCAUCCUCAAACCAUUUCAACCCGUGGCGUUGAGUAUGUUGUUGGCAUACUGGGAACCGGGAUCAUCUAUGACAUAUGAACAGGCGAUAUACUGCGCGUCAGCUGUCAUCAUUAUGUCAUUAUUAAUUGCAUUUCUGAACCAUCACGGCACCUACUCUACUCAACAAUUCGGAAUGAAAGUGCGCAUAGCAGCUUGCUCACUCAUUUACAGAAAGGUGAUGAGAAUGAGCUCUGGUGCCUUAGCUCAAACAACAGCCGGUCAAGUGGUGAAUCUCCUAUCAAACGACGUGAACCGCUUCGACUAUGCCUUCAUAUACACACACUUUAUCUGGCUUCUACCACUGCAAGUUGUUCUCGUGUGUUACCUUAUUUAUCUGAAGAUCGGAUAUGCUGCAAUUGUUGGCGUCAUUGGGAUUGUAUUGCAGACAAUUCCUGUUCAAUCUUACAUGAGUAAAUUAGCCGCUCGUUUGAGAAUGAAAACUGCAUGCAAAACUGACGAGCGUGUACGAAUUAUGGACGAAAUCAUCAACGGAAUGCAGGUCAUCAAAAUGUACGCGUGGGAGAAACCGUUCGAGCAAGUCGUAGCUUUGGCCCGGAAGAACGAGAUCAAUAGCGUCACAUCUGCAUCAUACCUUCGCGGGGUCUACCUCAGCUUCAUGGUCUUCACUGAAAGACUAACCCUCUACAUAACCCUCCUGUCCUACUCCCUAUUCGGUUUCCAAGUCACCGCUGACAUCGUAUUUCCUCUGGCACAAUUCUACAAUACACUACAAGGCACUCUAUCGAUUAUUAUGUCAAACGCUGUAUCGUUCUUGGCAGAGGCGCUGAUUUCAGUCCAGCGCCUUGAGGCGUUCAUGCUUCUGGAUGAAAGAGAAGAUUUACGUAGCGUUGCGGGAGUGGAUAUCGCGAAACUAGUCCAAAAGGUGGAAAACAAGAAAAUGAAAACGCUGAGUGAACUGGAUCUAUGCGCGAACACUUUCAAGAAAAUUGACGAAGAUGGUAUUUAUAAUCCAGGUUUUGAUUGCAAUGAGAAGGGACUGGUGUCUCAAUCAAGCUUGGUACCAGCCAAUUCGGAUAUCGGUAUACAAAUGCAGGACGUCUGCGCAAAUUGGAUAGAAGACACUGUAACAUUACGAAACAUCAACAUAAGCAUCCCGAAAGGAAAACUCUGCGCCAUCAUCGGCUCUGUUGGAGCUGGAAAGAGUUCCAUCCUGCAACUGCUGCUAAAUGAAUUACGUACAACCAGCGGUCGCGUGUUCCUUUCCGGUCCUCUAUCGUAUGCCUGCCAGGAGCCAUGGUUGUUCGUUGCUACCGUCCGACAAAACAUUUUGUUUGGACUACCCUACAAUGCGAAAAAAUAUAAAGAGGUUGUACGAGUGUGUGCUCUUCAGAAAGACUUCCAACAGUUCCCUCACGGAGACCAGACCCUGGUUGGGGAGAGGGGUGCCUCUCUGUCUGGAGGUCAAAGAGCUCGUAUCAACUUGGCGAGGGCUGUGUAUAGACAAGCAGACAUCUAUCUCCUUGAUGACCCGCUUUCCGCUGUUGACGCACACGUUGGCCGUCAGCUAUUCGACGAAUGCAUUAAUGGCUACCUCCGUCACACCACGAGAAUUCUGGUCACUCAUCAGCUGCAUUAUCUCAAAGCUGCCGACUACAUCGUCAUUAUGAAUAAUGGAUCUAUUGAUGCAAAGGGAACAUACGGUGAACUAAUGCACUCCGGAAAAGAUUUCGCGAAAUUGCUGUCCUCUGUCCAAGAAGACGACAAGCCGGAAGUGGAGAAGCCUCCACCGAUGUCCCGAAGGACUUCAGCCAGGUUAUCAACAACAAGACGGCCAUCUUUGGCUGAGUCUACCACCGAAAUGCCAGCGCAAGAGAUGGAAGAGGAAGAAAGAGAAUCUGGUUCGAUGGGUUGGCAGGUGUAUGGGGCCUACCUUCGAGCUGGUGGCAAAACAGGCAGACUCCUCUUCAUGGUUAUCAUUCUGCUGAUUGGUCAAUUGUCGGCAACGCUUUGCGACUACUGGGUGACAGUUUGGACAAACGAAGUGACGCGCCAAAAAGAAAGAGAGUCGAACGGCACCAAUGAUUACACCACCGUCGUGGUACCACCAAACAGCACCUUUACUUUCACGAGUUAUUUUACAGGAAUCGAAGCUGAACCAAAUCUGGACAUCCACGCUUACAUCGGACCUUUGGACACCUCACAGUACCUAUAUAUUUACACGGCAUUGAUAAUCUGCUGCAUCUUUUUCAUAACCGCCAGAGCGUUCAUGUUCUUCAAAGUGUGCAUGACAUCAUCAAGAAACCUUCACAACGACAUGUUCCAUUCCAUGCUGCGUGGCGUCAUGCGGUUCUUUGACACAAAUUCAUCAGGACGAAUCCUCAAUCGUUUCUCAAAAGACAUCGGUGCUUUAGACGAGUUGUUACCACGUUUCCUUUUGGAGUGCAUUCAAAUCUACCUCGUGAUGUUCAGCAUAUUGGCUUUGAAUGCUGCUGCACUGGUCUGGACGCUUCUGCCAACCACAAUCAUUCUCCUUCUCUUCUAUACUAUUCUGCAAAUAUAUUUGAAGUCGGCGCAAUCUAUUAAGCGAUUGGAAGGGACAACACGUAGUCCAGUAUUCUCUCACAUGUCGGCCACCUUGAACGGUAUCAGUACUAUCAGGUCAUCAGGCGCUCAACAAAGGCUGAUACAAGAAUUCGAUCGGUUCCAGGAUAUCCACACGUCCACAUGGAGUAGUUAUCUCGCGAGUGGCGUCACGCUUGGCUUCUGGUUGGAUUUCAUUUGUGUCAUCUAUUUGGCCAUUGUCAUUGUAGCGUUCCUAGUCAUUGACAGCAAAACCAUAUUCUCUGGUAACGUGGGUUUGGCAAUAUCACAGACCCUUAUCCUAACCGGAAUGCUUCAAUUUGGUGUCCGUCAGACCGCUGAAGUUAUAUCACAGAUGACAAGUGUUGAGCGAAUUCUACAAUACACGCAUAUUGAGAGGGAACCACAAUGGGACAAAGGAACACAAGAAACACCAAAGGACUGGCCAUCUCGGGGUCGUAUUCAAUUUAGAAAUUGUUUCAUGAAAUACACUCCCGAAGAUUUGCCAAUUCUGAAGAAUUUGAAUUUGGUACUAGAGAGCGGUUGGAAGGUGGGCAUUGUUGGAAGAACGGGUGCUGGUAAAUCGUCUUUGAUAUCAUCUUUGUUCCGCCUUGCGAUUGUUGAAGGGGAAAUUUUAAUCGAUGACGUGGACACUGGAAACUUAGCCCUGCAGGAGCUGCGAUCCAAAAUUUCUAUCAUCCCUCAAGAACCAGUUCUGUUUUCGGCAACGAUUCGAUACAACUUGGAUCCAUUCAAUAGUUAUGAUGAUGAGCGUUUAUGGCGGGCUUUGGAAGCUGUUGACCUGAAAGCUGCAAUUCCAUCAUUGGACUUCAAGGUGUCAGAAGGUGGAUCGAACUUCUCACUCGGUCAGAGACAAUUGGUUUGCCUCGCGCGAGCCAUUUUGCGAGGGAACAGAAUCCUCGUACUCGACGAGGCUACAGCUAAUGUUGAUCCAAAAACCGACGAAUUUAUACAGAAGACGAUUAGGAAAAAGUUCGCAGACUGCACAGUAUUAACUGUCGCUCAUCGGCUUAAUACCAUAAUGGACUCCGACCGCGUCAUGGUGAUGGACGCAGGGCGACUUGUAGAAUUUGACUAUCCGUACAAACUAUUGUGCAACCCCGAAGGACAUUUUACGAAAAUGGUUAAAGAAACCAGUGACAGAAUGUCCGCUCAAUUAUUCGAAAUAGCAAAGAACACAUUCCUAAACAGUGGUGGAGUUAUAGAAUAG